AUGGAACCCUCCAAUCACUCGCACGAUCCUGCGCCUCCGUUCGCGCAGAACGCCCCGGCGACUAUGGUCCAAUCGUGCGAUCUCUCUGAAUCUUUGGAUCGUUUAUCGCUGGCAAAUGCAACAACAACCCCGCUGCCCAACUCGCCUUCUCUCCUGUCGCCCCAUGAAACCCCGAUGCAGCCUUCCAACCAGCUCCCCGUGCCGCGGCGUUCGCCCAGUUCCAGCUCUUUACGCGACGAGCGCCGCAAGUCAACACCUUCGACCCCCUCCCUCCAGAAGCGCAAGUCGUCUCCCAACUUACAAAAACGCGCCUCAAACGCAUCGCUGCGGGCUGUUUCCCAACCCCAUGGUCCUCCGUCGCCGCACCCAGAGUCGUCGCGCCGGCCCUCGUCCAACUUUGCGGGGUCCCCCACUGGCGCCGCGUCGCCCGCAAUGUUGCCACCGCGUCUUGCGGCUGCCCCUCCAGAGCCGCAAGCCCCCACGGCCGCGUCGAUUGCUGCAGAGCAUUUCCGAAAAGAAGUUGAGCACCACCAGUUGGUAGAUCCCCAGGCCAAAACCGUGGUAGUCGUUCACGAUGCCUGCUACGGGCAUCGCUUUUCGCGCCCACGCGCCUCGAAAUCCAUGCUGGCUUCGAUUGUAGAGAGACCGGAGCGCAUUCGGGCUUGCGUGGUAGGAGUGUCUGCUGCAUAUGCCCGCAUGGGUCGGCGACACUCAGGGGAGUCUUUUGCGCCGCAUCCUAAUCUCAACCUUGAUAUGCUACCUGCGCCCCCAUUCCGUAUGCAAAAGUCCUCGCGCGCGUUGUCGAUCAUGGAUGAGGUGGUGACAAAUGUACACCCAAAUGCUUGGAUGAUGGAUCUUCAUGCAAUGUGUGAGGUCGCUGAGUCGCGCUUAGCGCUGACCGGCAAAGAACUCGUCCGGCCUCGCAGCAAAGAAAACGAGGGCAUAAAAACAACCAGCCCCGAGCUGCAUUCUGGCGAUCUGUAUCUAUGCUCAGAGUCCUUGAAUGCCUUUCAAGGUGCGCUAGGUGGCGUCUGCGACGGGAUUGACGCUGUGUUUAGCCCUAGCCCGGCCACGCGGGCAUUUGUCUGCAUUCGCCCACCGGGUCAUCACUGCUCUGCCGACUUUCCUUCCGGGUUUUGCUGGAUCAAUAAUGUGCACGUCGGUAUAUCGUACGCGGCAAAGAUGCAUGGGCUUACUCACGCAGCCAUUCUGGAUUUUGAUCUACACCAUGGCGAUGGCUCUCAAGACAUCACAUGGGCUCAGAAUAGCAAAGCCUUGACCGCGUCCAAGAAUGCACCCGCUUACAAGAAAACGGCCAUCGGCUAUUACAGUCUCCAUGACAUCAACUCGUACCCUUGCGAGGGCGGUGACUUCGAUAAAGUCCGCAAUGCGAGUGUUUGCAUUGAUGGGGCCCAUGGCCAGUCGAUUUGGAACGUUCACCUGGAUACUUGGGAGACUGAGACCGAGUUCUGGAAGCUGUACAGGAACAAGUACACCAUCCUGAUAAACAAGGCGCGGGAUUUCCUUCGCAAUCAGACAAAGCGACUGGCGCAGACACCUAAUGGCCCGCCCCCGAAGGGAGCUAUUUUCCUCUCUGCGGGGUUUGAUGCAAGCGAGUGGGAGGGGACGGGGAUGCAACGGCACAAGGUCAACGUGCCGACGGAAUUCUACGCCAAAUUUACAGCUGAUGUGGUCCGCAUGUCGCAGGAAGAAGGUCUUGGGACCGACGGUCGUGUCAUCAGUGUUCUUGAGGGUGGCUACAGUGACCGAGCUCUGACAAGCGGUGUCUUGAGCCAUUUAGCUGGGCUGUCCAGCGCGGUAGCACAUACGCAUCCGACUUCUCAAGAUGCACCCAUUCCUCCUUCUCCCACGACAUCUCCCGUUGACACAUUGAAGCCUACUUUCAAGCCCCAUCCAGCCCAAGCGGACUAUGAUCCGGAAUGGUGGUCACCCACGCUUUUGGCCGAGUUGGAGGCCCUUGUGUCUCCUCCUAUAUUGAGCUCCAAGUCGACGCCAACCUUCCUCAAUUCCACCCGCUCAUUCUCGGCCAAGGUGGUCUCCACCCCCGCGCGUGACCGCAAAUCAUUUGGCUCUUAUUCUGGCAUUGCAAUCGACACAAGCCUGCCCCCGAUGCCAGAAGUUGGCUGGGCCACGGCAGCGCAUGAGCUUUCUAAAGUCCUUAUUCCCGAAACCCGUCAAACUACAAGCUGCAGGCCAGAGGAUCUCAAUGCCGAGGCGUCUCGCCAACGACGAGAGCGACAAGUUGCACUUGAUGGCGGUGUCAACCCUGCAAUCAUUCCUCCUCCCCCGCCAGCCCCCCCCGUCUACCGAGGAAAAGCGACAACUCCGUGUGAGAAAAGCCAAGUCACCUACGCCUUAUUCACCGCGACCUGCUACACCUCGACAGCAGGCGAUGCUCGGCGGAAGAGUGCCACGGCGGCAUCUAUGGCCGAUAUUACCAGCACUGCAGAUGCUGCAACACCGUCAAAGAGUACUCCUCGAUCUGCUUCCGCUACCGGUGCACGGAAGACCAGCGGUGGCUCACGCUCAGGCACGCCGAAGCGCUCGGCGAGCCCGAGGAAGACUGCUCCUCCGGUGCCCAAGGUCCCGCCUUCGUUUCUACCUUCAAAGUUGUCUGGUGAGGUACCCCAAACACCGACCGACGAUGUUGAGAACUUGACAACGGGCCUUCGCAAGAUUAAACUGGUCAUGCCGAGCCCAGAGGAGCAAGCUCUUCGAGAGCAGAAAGCUGCCGAAGAGCGCCAGCAGUCCUCAAAGUCAGCGAAAACGAAAUCGCCUGGGAGGACACCCCGGAAGGCAAACGGCUCCAGGGGUGCGCGUGCGAAAGCGACGCCUGAUAGCUCGCCACCUCCUCUCCCGGCCAUUUCUAUGGAUGGUGUUAUGGACACUGCCGUGAAACAAGAGCAGCCAGCACCGAACGCCGGGCCCUAUUCUCAGCCCCUCGCAUCUCCUUUUACCCCUGAGCCUGUACCGGGACAUGGUGAUGUUCCAAACUCAACCAGUCCCUUCGGCCAUCAACCAAAACCCCGCGUUUUUCCCUCCCACGUCUCCCCGCCUCAUACACCCGACAACCCCGAUCUCCCACAGCAGCACUCGAGCAUAUUCUCCCCUAAUACCUCUGCUGCCCAGACAAGAACCGGCCUUCCGGUCUUCACGUCGAGUAGUCCAAUUCCCUUUGCUCCACCUGAGACGCCUAAUAAUGCAGCCAGCCAGAAGCCUGGCGCUUCCCACCAAGCUCAGGGGAAUUAG